CUUGUCUCCAUCAGACAGUCGUCGUUGUUGUUCGUAAACAGGAGGAAGCAGUGGAUUUUUGUUGACGUUUCCUAAAAUAUUUGGCUGGAUUCUAAAGGCGUUUACGUCGCUUCUCUUUUACCGUCCUACUGAUCGGUCGCUUUGACAACAGCGACUUGAUCCACCACGAAAAGAAAUCCUUUGUUUUUUUUCGUGCCGUUAGGUCGAAAGUGAUGCAGCUGCAGACGGACCCCGAUAUGCGCAAACAGUCACUCGAUGUAAUCUCGUCGCAUUUAAUCGGAAAGAGUAGCUUUUCUAUAAACCGAACGAGUCUCGAAGUGGCGCAUUCUCGACCGAGUGCUUGUAAAAGAUGUUUGAACGCGCACUAAUUGCUCCACUCUAAAUAGGGAAGCAAGAAGACGGUGGGGUAAAAAAAAUCACAAUAAUAAUAGCAAGCUGAUCGAGCUGCGAAUAUUAGCUUGGAGGUGACCUGAGCGACAAACGCCAUAAAAAAUUCAAGAGCUGAGAAGACUCAAGAGUGAGAUCAGCGACUUGUGUGGAACGGCUAAUCGGCUUUCUCGUCGAGGAAUAUCGAUUCGAAGGCGAUGAAGUUGUUGGAAAACUCGCUUUUCGAGGCACUCAGCUCAAGGCUGUGUGCUGAAACGGGAGAGUCUCGUAUCCUUGGGAGGAUCGAGAGCUACUCGUGCAAGAUGGCGGGUGACGACAAGCACAUGUUCAAGCAGUUCUGCCAGGACGGCGAGCCGCACAUCCUGGAGGCUCUGUCCCCGCCGCAAUCUGCCAGCGCUGCAAGUCCCGAGCUGCUGGCCAAGAGCGCUGAGGACCCAGAGAGCCCCCUGAGCGACAAGUGCUGCAGGAAGACCAUCUUCUAUCUCAUCACCACGCUCAAUGAAUCCUUCAGGCCAGACUACGACUUCAGUGCGGCGCGGGCACACGAGUUCAGCCGGGAGCCAAGUCUCAACUGGGUGGCGAACGCAGUCAACAGCAGCUUGUUCUCAGCCGUGGGGGAAGGAUUCAACUCUUUGGGACCCGAGUUGUGGAACGCCAUCGACCAGGAGAUCAACCUGCCCGCAUGUGACAUCUACAGCUACAAUCCUGAUCUGGACUCGGAUCCUUUCGGAGAGGAGGGCAGCCUCUGGUCAUUUAACUAUUUCUUCUACAACAAGAAGCUGAAGAGGAUCGUUUUCCUCACGUGUCGCUACGUCAGUGUCCUAAGCGGCUACGGAGGAGAUGGCCUGGACAGCGACGAGCUGGACAUGGAGCUGGAUGAGGAUGAAGAAGAGGAGCUGGCUGGCUUCACAGAGGACAGGUGCUCCAGAGUUGUGUGCGUCUGAAGUUUCACCGUCCGCUCCCAUCGUGUUUUCCACCCAAAGCAGUUUUCAUGCAUUUUGUAGGACUAAAUGCAUGUUUUUAGGCUUUUGUUGUGAAACAGGUGAAAGGCAACAACAAAAAAGGCCGUUUUCUGGGCGAGAACGUUUUGAGCAAUUAACUUUUAUGAAAACUUCAUUUCCUCUUCACUGCUGCUUUUGACGUCGCACAUUUUCCCUUGUUUGUCUCAUAUUCGUGUUUUUCUACAUUUGUGUGCACCUAAUUUUCAUGCAGUUUGAAUGUAGUGUACCCAAGCUACAUAAUGAUGUAUAUCGGUGCUUUCUUUGCUGUCUUCUACAAUAUUGCUAAUGUGAAUAAACAUCUUUGGUGAUUGUG